UCGCAGGCAGCAGCGGCUCCAUCACCAGCGCAGCAGCGGAGAAAAAGGGGAAGAGGAGGAGAAGGGAGGAAGGAAGGAGGGCCGGGGCGGAGGGGGGGGGCGCGCUGGGCCCCCCCAGGCUGGCGAUGGCCUGACCGGGUCCCCGGCGGCCCCCCGGCAGCGGCCCCCUCCCCGCGCCCCAGCAGCCGGCGGGCGAUGCGGCGCGGCGGCGGCGGCGGUGACGGUGACGACGGGGCAGGAUGCUGAGGACGGAGGCAGCGAGCGGGGCGGCAGCCCCGGGCGGCAGCGGGGGGGCCCCGGGCGGAGGAGCUGGCAGCGGGGGGCUGAGGAGCGCGUCCCCCCACCGCAACGCCUACGAGGCCACCAUCCAGGCCCUGAAACCCACAAAGGAUGCCGAGGGCGAGGAUGGCAAGAAAGCCCGUGGCAAGAAGUAUGGCUCCAACGUCCACCGCAUCAAGAACAUGUUCCUGCAGAUGGGGACGGCGCCGGGCCCCGAGGGCGCCUGCGACUUGGCCAAGGGCAAGGAGAAGCCCGUCCGCCUCUCCUUGCCCCGGGCCAGCAGCCUGAAUGAGAGCAUGGAGCAGGGCAACCUCCUCAAGCUGGGCACCAGCGUCUCGGAACGGGUGAGCCGCUUCGACUCCAAGCCCGACAAGCCCUUCUCCAAGCUGCAGGAGACCCGCAAGAUCUUCGAGCGGAGCCCGCAGGAGAAGGAGGCCACCACCAAGCUCCUGCUGCGCAAGGAGCGGGCCGGCUUCCAGGACCGCAAGCUGGACGUGGUGGUGAAGUUCAAUGGCAGCACCGAGUCCUUGGACAAGCUGGACACCGAGGCCGUGUCGCCCACCGUCAGCCAGCUCAGCGCCGUCUUCGAGAAGGCCGACCUCCGCAACAACCUCCACAAGACGCCGGGGCGCGCGGGGCCGCUCAACUCCAAGCUGGUGAGCAAGCGGUCCCGCGUCUUCCUGCAGGGCACGGAGGCUGGCAAGGCUGAGAGCAGGACGGGAGACGGCCCCGCUGCCCCGGCACGGCCACGGCCAGCAGAGGAGGAGAAGGCAGCGGGCAAAGCCGGGAGGCCGGCGGAGAAGGAUGGGAGCGUGCCGCGGGUGCAGGAGGUCUGCAAGAUCAAGCCGGUGGAGGUGGAGGAGAGCGGUGAAUCAGAGGCCGAGGUGGAGGCCGGAGAGCCGGUGCCAGCGCCCGAACCAGCCAAGGGGGCCGAGGGGCCGGCGCCCCCCGAGCCGCGCCUGGAAGGGGGCGAGGAGCCCCCCUACACCGAGGAGGGCGUCAAGGGUGAGCGGGCGGACGAGGGCGAGCUGUACGACGAGUCCAAGAAGGAGGACUUCUCCGAGGCGGACCUGGUGGACAUAAGUGCCUACAGCGGGCUCGGGGAGGACUCGGGGGGCAGCGGGCUGGAUGAGGAUGAGGAGGCUGAUGGGCUCUACGAGCCCGAAUCCAGCUGCGUGGAGAUCCCCGGGCUGUCCGAGGAAGAGGAGCCCGUUCCCAACCGCAAGAUCCAGUUCAGCACGGCCCCCAUCCAGGUCUUCAGCACUUACUCCAACGAGGACUACGACCGCCGCAAUGAGGACGUCGACCCCAUGGCUGCGUCGGCCGAGUACGAGCUGGAGAAGAGGGUGGAGCGCCUCGACCUCUUCCCCGUGGAGCUGGAGAAAGACUCCGAGGGGCUGGGGAUCAGCAUCAUCGGCAUGGGAGCGGGGGCCGACAUGGGCCUGGAGAAGCUGGGCAUCUUCGUCAAGACGGUGACGGAAGGGGGUGCAGCCCACCGGGACGGCAGGAUCCAGGUGAACGACCUGAUCGUGGAGGUGGAUGGCACCAGCCUGGUGGGGGUGACGCAGAGCUUCGCCGCCUCCGUGCUCAGGAACACCAAGGGCCGCGUCCGGUUCCUCAUCGGGCGGGAGAAGCCGGGCGAGCAGAGCGAGGUGGCGCAGCUGAUCCAGCAGACGCUGGAGCAGGAGCGGUGGCAGCGGGAGAUGAUAGAGCAGCGCUACACCCAGUACACCGAGGACGACGAGGAGGUGAGGGAAGGGACAGCACCCCCCAGGAGGGGACAGACGCGGCCUCUGCCCGAUUUGGUGACUCGGUUUCCCCAAUUUGGGGGUCCCGGGGGGGAGCUGCCCCGUGCCAACCUCGCUCCGUGCCCACCGCAGACGGGGGAGUACGCCACGGACGAGGAGGAGGAGAUGAGCCCCAUGUUCCCCAGUGGCGAGAUGGCCAUCGAGGUGUUCGAGCUGGCCGAGAACGAGGACACGCUCUCGCCGGUGGAGAUGGACCCCGAGAAGCUGGUGCACAAGUUCAAGGAGCUCCAGAUCAAGCACGCCGUCACCGAGGCUGAGAUCCAGCAGCUGAAGAGGAAGCUGCAGUGCCUCGAGCAGGAGAAGGCUCGGUGGCGGGCUGAGAAGGCCCAGCUGGAGCAGAGCGUGGAGGAGAACAAGGAGCGCAUGGAGAAGCUGGAGGGCUACUGGAUGGAGGCGCAGAAUCUGUGCCAGGCCGUGGACGAGCACCUCAAGGAGACGCAGGCCCAGUACCAGACCCUGGAGCGCAAGUACAGCAAGGCCAAGAGGCUGAUCAAGGAGUACCAGCAAAAGGAGAUCGAGUUCCUGAAGAAGGAGACGGCGCAGCGGCGGGUGCUGGAGGAGUCGGAGCUGGCCCACAAGGAGGAGAUGGAGAAGCUGCAGGAGAAGGUGGGCACCGGACGCCGGGACGCGGGCUGCCCCUGAGCCCCGGGGCCCCGCGGGCACGGCCGGAUCCGGCCAUGACCCCGCCGCCGCCUGGCCCCUCGCUCCGCCGCCGCUUUCGCCACCGCGUCGCUCCCGGGAUGGAUCACAGCAGAUCUACUCUCGCUCCGGUCGCCGGAUCCCGUGCUGGGCGGCAGCGGAGCCGCCCGGGUGCCGGCUCCCUCUGGACUGUGCGCCCCGGCCACCGGAUCCCAUGCCGGCUGGGAUCUGCCCUGGGAUCUGCCCUGGGAUCUGCCCCGGGAUCUGCCCUGGGAUCUGCUCCCACCGGAUUCUGCUCCCACCGCCGCCGCGCCCUGCCCCGGAUCGCCGGGGAUCUGCUUGGGGCGCUGCCGGCGUGCGCCCGAUCCUCCUCCUGGCGCCGGAUCCCCCGCCGGAUCGCAGUAGAUCUGCCUGGGUUUUGGGGUCACGCCGGAUCCUGCCGCGGGGCGCGACCACCCCGUAACGGAGCGAAAGAGAUCGACUUGGGCGCUGGAUCCCAGGCUGCCUGUGCGGGAUCCCCCAGGGGGUCCCGGGAGACUUUGGGGCGCGCUCGAGCCUCAGUUGGGAGCCGGCCCCCC